UCAAAAAAAAUUGGUAUGUUCUGUUUUGCUAAUAUAAUAUAGUUAACUUUCCCAUUACUCUUUGGAUUUGCUAUUAUCCAAAGUCUACUACACAGUGCUUAAUCUCCUAAAAUCCUACAAUUCAAAUGCAUUCGCUCGUUGGGCAUCAGCCAAGAACAUCCGCCUUCAAACUCCCAUGGACCAGUCAGCACCGCCGCCACAACCACCGCGACCACCACCAAUUACCAAAGAAAUGGGUAUUCGAAUGUGCAGCUUUAAGCAAACAAGGGCAGCGACUACUAUCUUCAGCUGGCGUCGCCGCUGCCGAAGGAGACAGCGUAGCGACGAGUCGUUUGAUAAAGAAAUUUGUAGGAGCGUCUCCGAAACAUGUAGCACUGGAUGCUCUCUCUCAUCUUCUAAAUCCUCAUUCCGCUCACGCUCACCUCUCUUCUCUCGCCUUCCCGCUGUAUAUGAAAAUUUCUGAGACUAGUUGGUUUGAUUGGAAUCCGAAGCUAGUGGCUGAACUUGCUGCCUUGCUUGAUAAACAAGGCCAACAUUCUGAAUCAGCAACUCUAAUUUCUGAUACAGUUUCUAAAUUAGGUGCUAAAGAGAGAGAUCUCGCUCUCUUUUACUGCAAUUUGGUUGAGUCUCAGUCGAAACAUAACUCAAUUCGCGGUUUCGAUGAUUCUUUUGCUGAUUUGAUGCAGUUGGUUAGCAAAUCGACCUCUGUUUAUGUGAAAAAACAAGGGUGCAAGUCGAUGAUUAACGGGUUAUGCGAAAUGAGUAGACCGAGAGAAGCAGAAAUUUUGAUUGAAGAAAUGAGAGGGGAAGGAGUGAAGCCGUCAUUGUUCGAGUUGAGAUGUGUUGUUUAUGCGUAUGGAAGAUUAGGGUUCUUCCAAGAAAUGAAGAAAUGUAUUGAUCAAAUGGAAAAGGAAGGGAUUAAAGUUGAUACAGUUUGUUCGAAUAUGAUUCUUGCGUCAUAUGGAGCACAUAAUGCGCUUCUUGAAAUGGUUUUAUGGCUUCGAAAGAUGAAGAAUUUAGGCAUUCCAUUCUCAAUAAGGACUUGCAAUUCCGUCUUGAAUUCGUGUCCUACAAUCAUGUCGACUGUGCAGAAUUCUAAUGACAAAUAUCCCAUUUCGAUCCACGAGUUGACGGAGAUUUUGAGCGAAAACGAGGGUCUGUUGGUUAAAGAAAUUGUGGAAUCUUCAAUUUUGGAUGAGGUAGUAAAGUGGGAUGAAUCAGAGAGUAAGGUGGAUUUGCAUGGAUUGCACUUGUGUUCAGCUUAUGUGGUGAUGUUGAUCUGGAUUGAGGAGACGAGAAAAAGAUUCGGCAGUGGAAAAUAUGUGAUUCCAUCGGAAAUUCGAUUAGUUUGUGGUUCGGGAAAGCAUAGCAUUAUAAGAGGGGAAUCUCCGGUGAAGAGUAUGGUGAAAGAGAUUAUGGUUCGGACAAAAAGUCCGAUGCGAAUUGAUAGGAAGAACACAGGUUGUUUUAUUGCUAAAGGCAAAAUUGUUAAAGAAUGGCUGUGUGCUAAUAAUGACUCAAGUUAUUUUACUGUUUCUUGAAGAUUAAAAUGUCACUGCAAAUUGUAUGAAGCGAUGAAAUGAAGGUGUAAACCGCUCAUGUAAGUUUGGUGAAAUUCUUAAUCUCAUUAGAGAUUUCAGUCAUGGAGUCAUAAAGCUCCGACUCAAUAUAGAGGGUUAAAAACCUGAAUGAUACCACAAUUUUAAUUUA